AUGGCGACAACAGCAGCACUAGAGCACGUGGCUCUCGCCCAAGCCCUGCCACCACGUCUCCUCCACUUCUUCAAACGCUUCCCACCACCCCAACUAACCACACCAACAUCCACGACCACCACCGAAACAUCGUCACCCCGCUGGAAAACCAACCCCUUCCUCGCCUCCAAGAACCCCACCACCGGCGCCUGGCAUUCACCCCACUACUCCCUCCGCCGCCAAGCCGACCUCUUCCGCCUCGCCAUCGACCACAACGUCCUAAGUCUAAUGCCCACCUCCCCCAAACACCCCCUCGUAAAAGAAGCCAAACGCAUCCAGCACGGUCUCCGCGUCAAAGGAACUGGAGAAGGGCAGAGGGUGAAGGGCAAGUACUGGGAGCGGACAUUGCAGAGUAGACUCGAUACGAGACGGCAGGCGAUGGAGAGAACGGGGACAUGGGAAAGGGUGGAAGAGGUAUCCUAG